UUACCACAGAGCUUGGGAAUGCUGACGGCCUCAUCCAUGAUGCCAACGGCGAUCUCGUCGCCGUCGGCGUCUCCUGCCCGGCUGAUCCUGUUCUACGUCGCGCUCUACCUGCUGGCUCUGGCGCAAGGCUUCUACGGGCCAUGUGGGGAAGCCUUCGGCGCGGACCAGUUCACGCCUAGCGACGACGCCAACCCCAGCGCGCCCGCGUUCCGGAGCUCCUACUUCAACUGGUUCCACUUCUCCAUAUCCUGGGGCUACGCCAUCGCGUCGGCUGGGCUGAGCUACGUCCAGGACAACGCGGGCUGGACCUUGGGGUUCGGCGCGUGCUGGACCGCGAUGCUGCUAUGCCUUGCCGUCUUCUUACUUGGCACGCGGACAUACCGUGCCAAGCAACCCGCCGAUGGCGGCACGUUCGCUGUGACCGUGCGGGCGUGGGCCGCCAGGGUCUUCCGUCGCAAGGACGCCACUCCAACUGAAAGGCUUGUUCUAACUCCACAGCCUGAGGGCGGCGGGCUCAUAGUCAUAGCUAAACUGCUCCCGAUAUGGCUGACGAGCUUAGUCUUCGCGGCCAUCUUCUCGCAAGUGUCCACUCUGUUCACCAAGCAGGCCAGCAUAUUGGACAGGCACCUUGGCACGGCGACGGGCAUCGUUGUGCCGCCUGCUGCGCUCCAGUGCUUGAGCAACGUCACCUUCAUCGUCAUGCUCCCCUUGUACGACCGCGUCAUCGUGCCGCUCGCCAGGCGCCUCACCGGGCACGCCUCGGGCAUCACGAUGCUCCAGCGCAUCGGCGCCAGCAUGGCCACGUCCUGCGUCGCCAUGGCCGUCGCGGCGCUCGUGGAAGUCAGGCGGCUCCGCGUGGCCAGAGACGCGGGCCUGGUCGACCGGCCGGACGAGGCUGUGCCGAUGAGUUUGUGGUGGAUGAUUCCGCAGUAUGUUCUCAUCGGCCUCGCCGGUGUGCUGGGUCAGGUUGGGCUCGAGGAGUUCUUCUACGACCAGGUGCCUGACACUCUCCGCAGCGUCGGGCUCGCGUUGUGCCUGAGCAUCUUUGGGGUGGGAAGCUACGCCAGCAGCAUCCUUGUGUCCGUCAUCGACUGGGCGACGAGAAGGAGAGGCGACAGCUGGUUCUCUGACAAUCUCAACCGAGCGCACCUCGACUACUUCUACGGGCUCCUCGCCGGGCUCGCGGCUCUGGAGGUAGCCGCGUUCUUGCAUUUUGCAAAUCGAUACGUCUACACAAAGAAAGAAGAGCUGUGAACCCAUGAUUAUUGAAACUUUGCAAGUAUAAAAAUACUUUGAGCUUAUGUUAAAGAAUAGGGGUAACAUCAUAGAAUGUAAUUGUGAUAUUCUGGUCGUGA